ACUAAAAAUACUUGUCUCGCAUAUACGCCAUGAAUUUGGAAGAAAAGAGAUAGAAAUAUAAAAAAUGUUAAUACCGUUAUAAAAAUCAUCCUGUCGGUCAUUUCAGCGCGGCAAAAUUUUUCAAUUUUUCAAUUUCAUUAAACAUUCAAUUGGAAAAGCUUGUUGAAAAUGGCUGAUGAAAUAUUCGAAAAAAUGGAAAUUAAAAAUGUUGUCGCCACUUACAAUGUCGGCAUAAAAUUGGAUCUAUUGGACAUCUAUCGCCGUACACGCAAUUCAGAGUAUUCCCCACAAACUUUCAUUGGUAUGAAAAUGACCAUGCGUUUUCCAAAAUGCACUGCCCGGAUUUUUAAUUCCGGGAAAGUGGUGGUAGUCGGCACAAAAAGUGAGGUAGACGCUCGUCUGGGGUCCCAUAAAUUCGCCAAACUCAUCCAAAAGCUUGGCUAUGAAGUUGAAUUCAAAGAUUUUACCAUAUGUAACAUAGUGGGUGUAAUAGAUGUACGUUUUCCAAUAGGUCUCGAAGACCUCAAUAAUGGACAUAUGCAGUUUACAAAAUACGAACCAGAAAUAUUCCCUGCCUUAUAUUAUCGUUUGCCAACUAUGUUAUUUUUAAUAUAUGCAAGUGGCAAGUUGGUUGUUACAGGGGCUAAAUCUGUGGCUGCUAUUAAGGAGGGCUUCGCUAUUAUCUAUGCGGCUUUGGCGCCUUUUAAAAGAGAUUAAUAAGAAUAUUUAAGAAGAAUUUUUUAAUAUACAUAGAGUCAUACAUUUGUAAAUGCGUGCUUUUUCUUAAUAAAUUUUACUGAGAUAUUAUA